AUGGCUGAAGAAGAAGACAACACAUGGUUAAUUGAAUUGGAAUCUGUCCUGUUAGAUGGGUGCUCUCCACAAGAAAUCAAUGUAAUUACAAAAGGAAAGAAAAUACCUGAUAGUCUACGCCCUGAUGUUUGGCUGGUGUGUCUGAACUGUCAAGAUGCUGGCAAUCAAUUGCUACUAUUUGAUGAAAUAUUUGAUUUGCCAAACCAAAGUGACUUACGUGAUGAUGUGAAGAAAUUUGUUAAAAGAUUGGAUAACGAAGAUGAAGAGAAAUUAGCAGUUAUUUCCGAUAUAGAACCUGCUGACCAAUACAAUGCAGGGCAUUUAUCAACUGCUUUCCAUCUCGAUUGCAACUUAAUGUUGCAAGAACCAAAUGCUUUUAAUACAGCAGUACAAGGCUUACUUAAUGCCCAGCGGCAAGCACUAGCAGCGGGUUCUCUGGCCGCUGCGAUUGGCAUGUGUCAGCCAAUGACCGUAAAGAGCAUCGAUAUAGGAAUGUUCCACCAGUAUUUAGUAUUAAUGAUGAAGAUGAUGAUUGUCAAUCUGAUUCAAGAAGAGAAAUGG